AUGCCCGCUGGAGGCCAAAGCCCGGUGCUGAAGAACGGGCGCAAAGAACGUCGCCUACCCCCCGGUGUGCUCCGGAAGGUUGCGCAAGAACGUCGCCUCUUCGGCAACAAGAAAGCAUCUCUUAUUUGCGACCAAAAGAUCGACUGGAAACCACCAGCUGAUGUGAUUGAGGAGUGUUUGAUGAAAGGCAAAUUAAAAAGCGACUGUCAGAACUACAUCCGAGUGCUGGCUCGUCAAUCUUCUGGUAAAGCGCUGAUCUGUGGCACGCAUGCUUUCUCGCCAAAAUGCCGAGAGUACGUGUACUCGAGCGCCGACGGUACUCUGAAGAACGUUCGACAGUUCGACGGAAUGGGCAUAUCACCAUACGAUCCACGUGAUAAUUCGACCGUCGUGUAUUUGCCGGAGACAAAUGAGAUCUAUACUGGCACAGUGUCGGACUUCGUCGGCAACGAUCCGCUGAUUUAUCGAAAACGAAUCGGUGACAACGAUCGCGAUAACGGUAUUCGAACGCAGCGCGAUGACGCCAGAGUUUUAGACUCUACACGUUGCGUUUGCUUUGUAGCUCCUAACUUUGUUGGUUCGUUCGUAUACAGAGAGCACGUGUAUUUCUGGUAUCGAGAGCGAGCAGCUGAGGCAAUGGACAAUAACGAAGAGCGUCAGAUCUACGCUCGUGUGGCUCGAGUUUGUCGUAAUGAUAAAGGAGGUGCGAAACCGGCAAAUGAAAGGUGGACUUCGUUUAUGAAGGCGAGGUUAAAUUGUUCGCUGCCAUCAGCUACUCCGUUCUAUUUCAAUGAGCUCAAAGCGGUUUCGGAACCCAUUGCUACUUCGAUGAACGAUCAUCGUGUAUAUGCCGUUUUUUCCACUCCGGAUUCAGAUGUGCGAAUGAGCACAGUGUGUGUAUUCUCAAUGAAACGAAUACGAGAGGAGUUUGAUUAUGGUACAUUCAAACAACAGCGCACUGUGAAUUCCUUAUGGGUGCCGUAUAAUCGUAACGAAAUCCCCCGACCUCGACCAGGCGCCUGUGUCCCAGAUUCCACUAAAUUGCCCGAAGCUACGGUGUCGUUCAUUACGAGGACACCGCUAAUGCAUCGGGCUAUCGAAUCGUUGAGCGGUCCCUUGCUGAUAGAGGGUUUCGACCGGGGCGAUCUUACCCAGAUCGCAGUUCUGCCACAUGUUGAUUCUGUGAACGGCCAACAUUAUGAUGUGAUUUAUCUCGGCACGUCUGACGGCCGCGUACUGAAACUUAUCGAAGCCGUCGGUAAUACAACAAUAAUCGAAUCUGUCACCGUAUUCGCCAGAACAGUACCAGUGGUAAAUCUGUUGACAACCUCUCGAGAGUUGGUGGUACUGUCUUCUGAUGAAGUGGCAACGAUCGACGUACAUCACUGUAACGAACCGGACUCCUGUAACCGCUGCGUGGCGUUGCAGGAUCCACACUGUGCAUGGGAUCUGACCAUAGCCAGGUGCGUGAAUAGAAACUCUUGGAGUGGUGGUCAUUUCAUACAGAAUAUUGUGUUCGGCCAAUCAGAACAAUGUCCAGAGGGAAUUGUGAUCUCUGAGGAACUUAGCGAUGAGCCGAAUUCUGAACGAAUUGUUGAAAAUCGACGAGGGACUCACUCACCUGAAAGUCUGUUCCUGGCCUGUAGUCUGUCUGCCCUGAUCGCCUUAGUGAUAGGGUCAUUUGUAACGCAUCGGAUAACGAGAGCCAGGGUGUUGGCCGAGGUUCAUCAUUCGGCUAGUUCUACCAGUGGCUCGGACUACGAUAGCUUUGGGCGAGCGAGAUUGACCAGACAUGACUCGCUGACAACUGCUGCUAAAAUAGAGCAUGCUUAUGGUGGUCCACCGAAAACAAGCGUGGACGCGUCGUCGUUCGUGCUCACGAUACCACCGGCGAUGACGACGAGUCAGCACGGUUCCGGUAUCAAUACUCCGUCCAGAGAUAAGAACGCCAUUAUGACGUCGAUCAAUCAGAGCACGUUGCCACGUGAUUACAAAGUGAAAAAAGUGUAUUUGUAG